AUGCAGCCCCUCGACCUGCCUAGGAGUACCCACCUGGAGAGCCUGGUCUUUGCAGCCCUGCCCAGUCUGCUGCUAGUACUGCUGGGUCUGCUAGAGGCAGCUAGCGGUUGUCCCACUGUGUGCAUAUGCAACAGCAACGGCACAGACUGUACAGGCCUGGCUCUGCUCUCCCUAACCACCGUCCUGCCUCUGCUACCCCAGGACACCCGCACCCUCCUCCUGCCCCACAACAACCUCUCCUCCCUGGGCGACGGGGACCUGUCCAACCUCAGCGCUCUGGAGCUCCUGGACCUCUCUGACAACCACCUCUCCAGCCUGCAACCAGGGUCAUUCUCCGGCCUCAGCGGCCUGCAAUGGCUCAACCUCUCAGGGAACUACCUGGGUGACUGCCCCCUACUUACCCCUACAGACCCCAGUAACCAGACGGAGGUUACCCAGUGUAACGAUAGUCGCUGGGGGUUGAGCCGAGAGCUGUUCCAGGGUCUUUGGAUACUGAAAGGGCUGGACUUGUCCCUGAACGGCCUGGUAGUUUUUCCCAAUGGGCUGCUGGACGGGCUCCAGGACCUGGCCUGGCUGUCUCUGACUGGGAACAAGCUGCGGAGCCUGGACAGAGCCACCUUCCAGCCCCUGGGCAGCCUGCUGAGCCUCCAACUGGCAGGCAACCCUUGGGAGUGUGACUGCAACCUGAGGGACUUCAAGCACUGGAUGGAGUGGCUGCUGUACAGACUGAUCCACUAG